CGUGCUUUCCUUCGGAUCCGCGUCCCCUCGGCCAUGGGGGUCCCCAAGAGGAAGGCUCCAGCUGGCCAGGGCGGCGCAGGUGCAGCCAAGCGGGCGCGCACGGAGGAGCUGACGGGCGUGCGCUUCAAGGCUCAGCUGCGGGAGCCGCAGGGCGCGGGGCCGGCCCUGGAAGCAUUUGUGUCAGCCGCCAAGAAGCUCCCGCAAGAAGACAUGUACGAUGUUGUGGAGGGCUACAUCAAGAUCUCUGUGGAGUGCGCAGAGCUCUUCCAGCUCGUGAGUGGGGAGAAGCCCCCCGCAAGUGAGGUGCUACCGCUAUUCCAAGCGUUCGAGGCCAUAUUACUGCGGACGGCAAGCGACCUUUCCCAUUUCCACACGGUGGGAACCAACAUCGUGAAGAAGUUCUUGAAUAACCACAUGAAGCUCCUCUGUGAGUCCCUGUACGCCUCCGGUUACAAGAUGGCCCGAGCCUGCCUGAACCUGAUGGCCGCCAUGGUGACACAGGGCCCCGAGGCCGCCAGGGACGUCUCCAGCCUCUUCGACCUGAAUAAAAAGACCUUGUACAGCCUGGCGAACAAGAGGGAUUCCAAGGGAGGACAGGACGUCCGCCAGGCCUACAUCCAGUUCGCCCUGGCCUUUCUCAUCGCCGGCGACGACAGCACCAUCGUGCAGGUGCUGGAGGUGAAAGAAUUUAUUCCGUGUGUUUUCAGCUCGGGCAUAAAGGAAGACCGGAUCUCCACCAUCAGUCUUUUGCUCUCCACGCUGAAAACCAAAGUGGUUCACAACAAGAGCAUCACCAAGACCCAGAAGGUGCGGUUCUUCACGGGGCAGCUGCUCAACCACAUCGCCCAGCUCUACGCCUGGAACGGGGUCGUUGAUGUGGACCUGGAAAACGCCCAGGCUCCCGCUGAAGAUGCAGGGAAGGCCAUGGUGCGGGGGCUGGUGCACAGCUUCCUGAUGGACCUCUGCUGCUCGCUCAAACACGGGAUCAACUUCUACGACGCGUCUCUGGGCACCUCCGGCAGAGGAGGUAACCUGACGCUCCUGCACUUCCUGUUGGGCUUGAAAACGGCCGCAGACGAUGAGCUGGUGACCGAGCUUGUGGUCAACAUCCUCCGGGUGUGCCCCGACUUACUCAACAAAUAUUUCAAGGAGGUGACCUUCUCCUUCACCCCCAGAGUGAAGGCCACGUGGACCAACAACAUCAAACUCCUAAACAAGAUCUACGCGGCCCAGCCUGACAUCUCUCGGGCGUUUCAGACCCACGAGUUCAUCCCUUUGCCUCGGCUCCUGGCCAUGGUGAUGGUGACCACCGUGCCCCCGGUAUGCAACAAGACCACGUUCACCCAGGCCUUGAAUUUGGACAGCAAAGCAGUGAAGCACACAGCCCUGUCCCUCCUCUCCGUCAUCUUGAAGAGAGCACUGAAAACCAUGGAGCACUGCCUGGACAGAGAGGCAUGGCAGGAGUCGGGGGUGUACACGGCCUCCAUGAUGGAGGACUUUGUGAGGCUCUUCCGGGAAGCCCUGAGCAAGAUUGUGCCUGACCUCAACACCAUCGUGUGGGUGUGGCAGUCACUUGUGAAGCAGGAGACAAACCUGGAUGACAAGAAAGGGAAGAGGGACAAGGGCACCCCUGCCGAGGCCGAGCCUGAGGGCCCCCCACACGACGAUGCCGAGACCAUCCUCCUGAAGGCCGUGCUGCUGCAGGUCAUCUGUCUCUACCAGAAGGCGGUCCCGCACGUGGUGAUGCAAUACAACUUCGACUUCAGCAAGCUGCUCAAAGGCGUCAUCUGCGAGCAGGGCCUUUGGGAGGAGGUGCCUCCCGUGCUGCAGCACCACAUGCUGAAGGUGGCGCUGGAGCUGCCGGCCAGCAAGUUCCUGUGGCUGAAGGCGCAGGAAGGCCCCGACGCAGAAAUCAUCGGAGGAGAGCGCUCCGUGUUCUACUUACUGAUGAAAAUGUUUGUGACCAGCAGCCACGUGCAGCUCAAGUCCUCAACCAGACUGCUGAUCAUGAAGAUCCUGCGGGACACGGGAGUGUUUGAGCACACCUGGAAGGAGUUGGAACUGUGGUUGGAGCACUUGGAUAACACCAAGGAAGAGAACAGAGAAACCGUGAUCCAGUUUCUGGAGCGGGUCUUGUUGACGCUGGUGGCGAGUCCCUACCCGUACACGGACAAAGCGUCUGACUUUGUCCAGGAAGCUAGCACGCUGCAGGCCAGCCUGGCGCGGCACGAUGCCGAUGACAUCAGCAUCCCCAUCUCCCACAUCGAUGACGUCCUCGACAUGGUCGACGUGCUGGUGGAGGGCAGCGAGGGCCUGGACGAGGACAUUGGGUUCGAGCUGAACGAGGACAUGGCGCUACUCACGUUCCCCUUUAGCGCCGUGGUCCCUGCCGCCCUGGAAGCCAGGAACAAGCUGCUCCUCGAGGCCGAGAGCAAAGCAGGAGAAAGCAUCAUGACCUACCUGACGGCGGUGCUGACGGACCUGCUACACAGCCAGAGGGACCCCCUGGCCCUGUGCCUUCUGCUGCAGGCUUACGACAAGCCCGGCCCCCUGAGCCCGCGGCUGUGCCACUUCGGCAGCUACUACCGCCUCUGGAUCCCACAGACAGCCCUCGAGGCCUCGCUGCCUCAGACGCCGGACAGCCUCGCCCCACAGGCCCCGGGCACCCCCACCUUCUCUGCCCUGCUGCAGGCGGCCUACCAGCGCGAGGGCGGCCUCCUGGACGAGGGGGUCCAGGCACAGCUGCAGGCCGCUCUCCUGGACCUCCCCCUGCACCAGACCUUGCGCACCGCCAAGCAACUACUGCUCUACCUCAGGAGCACCGUGGAGAACUUCCGCCAGCUGGGCCGGAGCACGGGGCCCCUGCUGCUGGAGCUGCUCCUCGACCUGCUGCGGCACCUGCUGCUGCACUGCCAGCGGCUGGACGCCCAGAACCGCCAGAUGCGCGAGGCCACCCAGGCCGAGGCCGAGGCCUCCCUCUUCCUGGAUGUGGAGUCUGAGGCCGAGCUGGAGCUGGCCCACGACAAGACGCUGGAGGAGGUGUUGGCGGCCAUCCUCAGACAUCCAACGCUGGAGGGCUGGUUCCUGGCGCUGGAACGACAGGCCCUGCCCCCUCACGGCCUCAGCCCCACGUUGGUGAAGCUCCUGGGGGCCCGCCUCACUGCCGGGGUGCUGCCCCUGCUGCUGGCCGCCGCCCCGACCCUCCAGGACAUCGGGCAGCCGGGCCUCCUGGCCACCUACUCGGACGCCGUCACACAGAGCGUGCUGACCGGGCUGCGUGGCCUGAGCUCAUCUCCCGGGGCCGCGGCCCUCCCACAGCUGGAGGCCCUGCGGGGGCUGCACCCCUACCUGGAGGCUGCCCAGCUCCGCCAGGUCACCCUGGCCCUGCUCGGCCUGCCUGAGGCCAGGCUGGUGGCCGGGGCCGGGGCCGAGCGGCGCCUGACCGUGCUAGGCCAGACCCUGGUCCAGCUGCUGACCCGGGGUCCCCAGGCCCAAGCGCAGGCCGGCGGGGGGCUGCUCUGGGCCUCCGAGGCCGCCCGGGGCCUGGGGGCGCUGCUCCCCGCCCUGCACGCCGACGAGCCGGACGCCGCGCUGCUGGAGAUUCUGCAGGCCGAGCCGGCCUUGGCUGCGGUGGUGGGCGCCGAUCUGCUGGACUACUGCCUGGCCCGCCGCACGCCCACCGCCCUGGGCCUCGCUGCCCUGCUGCUCCGACACAGCCGCUCCCACCUGCUGCGCUUCGAGCUGUGGUGCAGGCGGCUGGGUGCUGGGUCCCGUCUGCGGGACGGCCUGGCGGCCUUCCUCCCCGUCCUACUCGAGUACCUGCAGCGCCGCCCAGAGGAGCUGGUCAGCCGGCCCUCCGGAGCAUCCUCGGCCACUGUCCCCAUCCUGAGGAAGGCCCUGUGGGGGCGGCUGCAGAGCAGGCUGCUGGCUGCCGACGGGCCCCCGGAGUCCGGGCUGCAACAGGAGGUCCUGGCCAAGCUGGUCCCUUUCGCACGGCCCAAGGCCCUCACUGCCCUCAUGGAGCAUCUGCCCGGCUUGCUGCAGACGCCCGGUGGCCUCGGGAGUUGGGUGGUGGCUGACUCUGUCACCUCGGCCCUGGGUGAGUCGGCUGAGCAGCUGCAGGCCUGGAGAGAGACGCUGCUGGCAUCCUGCGUGAAGUGGCUGGUCGCGUCUUUCAGCAACAGCCAGCACAGUGACCAGGACAGUGCCCGGGACCUGGAGAAGCAGAUGCUGCAGAGAUUCACUGAGCUGGUGACUUCACUGAAGGAGGUGGACCCUGAUGACUGGCAGAAGUUGGUGAAGGCUGGACUCAAGUUUCGGUACCGGGACCAUGCCUUCCUGCAGGCCCUGCACGCCGCCAUCCAGCGCCUGUAUGUCCCAGAAAGCACCACACGCUCGAAGCUGCUCCCGCUGCCCACGGUCCACGUGAUGCUCACGCAGCAUUCUCUGUUCCUGCCCACGCUGCUGGCCUCCGACCAAGAGGGGGACCCCGACGACCAAGUCAGAGAGGCGCUGGUGGAGUUGAUGGCAGCAGUGGUGAGGACGUGCCCCUCAGUCUGUGAGAGCAGCCACUUUGCAGUGCUCCUUGGGGCCUACGGCGCCUCCCUCAGCGUCCUGGACCAGAAGAUUCUCCUCCUCCUCCGCGCUUAUGAACAGAACAGGCUGAGCCUCAUCGACUUCAGGGUGCUGCUGUGGGGCCCGGCGGCUGUGGAGCACCACAAGACGUGCCGCAGCCUGGGCAAGUCGCUGUGGCAGGAGCCGAGUGUCGGGGACAUCCUCCGCCUGCUGGACCGCGACCGGAUGCUGAGGACCGUCCUGCACUUCCCCCAGAGCCGGAGGCUGCUGCCCCCCGAGGACUCCAAGGACCCCAUAUUCAAAGACGGCAGCACCAAGCUCGACGACCUUUACGACCCCUGCUUCCUCCUCCACCUCUUCAGCGAGCUGACCAGGCCAGAAUUCGUGGUGGACUGUCGAAAGUUCUUAGACUCCAACGCUCUGGGCCUGACAGUGGCUGCUCUCAGCAGCUACGACCCCCAGAUGCGAGCCGCGGCCUACUCCGUGCUGGGCGCCUACUACUCCCACGUGGAGGGCGCUCGCUUCCGAGAGCAGCCCCAGCUGCUUUACCUGUUGGAUGUCGUCCGGAACGGGAUCCGAACCCAGAACAUGAGGCUCACCUUCACCCUUGCUCUCUUCAUCGCUAAGGCAGCCCUGCAGAUCUUGAAACCAGAGGAGCACAUGUACCUGAAGAUCAACAGGUUCCUGCUGUCGCACGAGUACCUGAACAUGAACAAAAUCCCCGGCUUCUACCAGUUCUUCUACAGCUCCGACUUCGAGCAAGAAGCCGAGCGGGAGUGGAUACUUGGGGUCCUGCGGCAGGGCCUGCGGGACAAGCACUGCUACGAGCUGUACGCCCGGCGCGGGGUCUUCACCAUCAUCCUGUCCUUCUUCCACAGUCCGCUGUGCGGCGAGGCUGCCCAGAAUGGGAUUCUGGAAACCCUGCAGAACGCGGCACAGGACCCCAAGUCUGCCUACGAGAUCCUCAGGGACCACAGCCUGCUGACGUGGGUCUUGCACGUCCUGGAGAGCAAGUUCCUGGAGACGCCGCUGCUGUCCAGUGUCAUCUCCCUGCUGCACACGCUGUGGGUGACCAACCUGGGCGACAAGGACGUGGAGGCGGGCGGCCAGCCCCCCCAAGGGCUGGGAUCCCAGGAGCCCCCGAAGCUUCUGGCCCUGCACGUGGUGGACGAGUUCCUCUACGUCCUCCUGGCGCUGGCCAGGCACCUGCGGCCCACUCUGGCCCCCACCCAGCUGACCAGCUUCUUCAGAGCACUGGACUCGGUGCUGAGGUACAGGGCGUCCGUCCUGCGGGCCUUCAGGAACUUGGGGCGCCUGACAGUGAACCAGGCCGUGCUGUCCACUGCCGACAUCCUGGUCCUCCUGCACAAAUGGAGCCUCACCGAGAGGGACAGCAGGCUUCAGGAAGCCCUGAGAGACGUCGUGGAGAGACACCCGACCAGGGAGCUUCAGAAAAUGCUCAAGGACAAGAGCAAGGCCGGCCUGCCCACCCGCACCAAGGGCGCCCGGGCCCAGGGAAGGCGGCCCAGGGACUCGGAGCAGACGGCCCCCGCGGAGCUGCCAGCAGCCACCCUGGAGACGUGCAGGGACCUGCUGCGCUCCAUCGUGACCCACUGGGCGCCCGUGCUCCCGGGCUCAGACAACCCCGCACCGGCGGCCGUGGUCCCGGUGGGCAGCUGGCUGCUGCGCUCGGCCUCCGAGAGCGCACCCAGCAGGGUGGAGAUGGCACGGCUGUUGACCUGGCUGCGGGCGCACGUCCUGCCACGCCCCGAGGUGGCAGCCGAGCUGUUGGGGGACCCCGCCGUGCACGGCGGCCUUUUCCGCCUCUACAGCCAGCUCUGUGGCGCCCGGGAGCUGGUGGAGCCCCAGGGCCUGGCCGGGCUGUUCAGCAGUGUCAUGCUGCAGCUGCUGGCCGCCAGGAGUCCCCCGCGCAGCCCCCUGCACCCCGCCAUGGAGACCCUCUGCCUCACCGCCACGGACGACGGGAAGGAGGAAGCUGAGCAAGCCGCCGCUGCGUUCCUGCUGUCCCUGUACAUUAAGGACGUCUGGCUGGGGGCCCACCGGCCAGACUCGCUGCUGACCCAUGUGCGGAUGGUCUUGGAGGCCGCGGGGGCUGAGCCCAGCAGCCAGGAGGACGCCAUCGUGAGACUCUGCAGGGACAUUGCAGCCUCAGCCCCUGAUACCUGAUGGGAGGCACGAGGGAGUCGGGUCUUCGCAGGCCACCAGUUCAGGACCCUGCCUCCCGGGAGUCCGUUUCCUCGGGAAACACCUCAGGUGGAGGUGACACCUCAGGAUCUCUGACAACCUCAGGCGGGAAAGGCAAGCGUGUGUGAGCAGAGUCAGAUCACAGAGCAAGCAGGGCGGAAGGGCCUGGCUUCCUUCCACCUGUGUCCGGCUGCUGUCUGAGGUGCGUCGGGGCCGGCAGCGUGAGGGCCGGUGGCCAGCGGGAGGUGUGUGUCAGAGCCGUACGAAUGUCACUCAGAUCAACAGCAGAUCUCUCAGUGUUAAUAAAUGCCUGUUCUUUUGGUA